AUGAGUAAUUUAUUCAGGCAAGUACAUUUUGGAGCAUAUGAAACUUCCAACGACACAGGAAACGAUCAACAACGAGGAGCAGGUGAAAUAAAAAUGGCAAAAAAUCAAUCGAUACUUGUCAAUCGCCUGCAUUCUUCACAUAACGAGUUUGAUAAAAAGAACUUUGCUCCACACCACAAGUUCAGAAAAUACUUAUUGAAACGAAACUUCACCGAAUUCAAACAACCAAAAAAACAAGAAAAUAAUCAUUUAUUUGUAAAGGAAAUUCAUUUGUCUUAUUAUUGCAACAGUUGCACAAGUUACAGAUGUGAAAUAUUACUUCGUUACUCAAGGCACGUUCAAAUUUUGUUUUAUGGUUUUGCCAAUUCUCUUCACCACAAAAUACUUCAACUACUGUUAAUUUGCCGCAUACAUUAUUUUACCAAAAUUAAGGGCAACACUUCUCCUUUUAUCGUGCAAAAAAGCAUGCAAAAGUAUGAAAAACAACGAAAUUUGAUACAUAUUCUUGCAAAAUGUUGCACCUUUCUUUCCUUUUGCUGGAAUAAAUCAAAAUGCAUUGAAAUCAAUCUUGCUUAUAAUAUUUAG